GACGUGUUAUGUCAAUGUCAACUGUCGUCAGAAAGUAAACGUACGUGUACAAACAGUGUUUACAAUAUUUUUAUAAAUAUUUAAUUGCAAACUAUUUUACUUUUCAAUAACAACUAUCAGUACCAUUUCAAUACUAACUUUACAGUACGUAAUCUGUAACACACUUUGUUGUAUACAUAAAUCAGUGCCACGUAUGAAGGUGCCAGACUUCUAGUGUUUCACGUAAAAUUCACACAUACCAUUGAAAAUGUGCGGUACAGAUAAGAAACUAGGUGAAAUAAGAGCCUUGAUUCUCGUUGGUGGAUACGGGACACGGCUGAGACCUCUAACUUUGAGUAGACCAAAGCCUCUUGUUGAGUUUGCAAACAAACCAAUUUUGAUUCAUCAGAUAGAAGCUCUUGUCGAAGCCGGGGUCACACAGGUAAUACUGGCAGUUUCAUACAGGGCUGAGGAAAUGGAGAAAGAAUUGACAGAACAAGUUUCGAAACUGGGAGUGUCAUUGACCUUUUCUCAUGAAACUGAACCGCUGGGCACUGCUGGGCCUCUAGCACUGGCACGAGAACUCCUUAGUACAAGUCCAGAACCAUUUUUUGUGCUUAACUCUGAUGUCAUCUGUGACUUCCCAUUCAAAGAGCUUGCUAAGUACCACAGGAGUCAUGGAAAGGAAGGGACAAUAGUAGUAACGAAAGUUGAAGAGCCUUCAAAGUAUGGUGUUGUAUGCUAUAAAGAGGAUGGUGAGAUCGAGAGCUUCGUGGAGAAACCACAGGAGUUCAUCUCUAAUAAGAUAAAUGCUGGUAUGUACAUACUUAACCCGUCGGUACUCAGCAGGAUAGAACUGCGACCGAUGUCUAUAGAAAAGGAGGUGUUUCCGUUCAUGGCCAGGGAUGGCCAGCUACAUGCCAUGGAGCUGCAAGGGUUUUGGAUGGAUGUUGGACAACCGAAAGACUUUCUUACAGGAAUGUGUAUGUAUCUUACAAGUCUACGGCAGAAAAAUUCGAACAAACUAUACGACGGCGCUGGCGUCGUCGGCAACGUUCUGAUUGACCCCACUGCUACUAUCGGGAAAGGCUGCCGAAUAGGGCCCAAUGUCACUAUUGGACCCGAUGUGGUUGUUGAAGAUGGAGCCUGUAUAAAACGAAGCACGAUCCUCCGCGGCGCCUGCGUCCGACAGCACGCCUGGCUUGACGGCUGCAUAGUGGGCUGGCGGUCCGUCGUGGGCCGCUGGGUUCGGAUGGAAAACUGCACAGUACUGGGGGAAGACGUGAUUGUCAAGGACGAGUUGUACGUGAACGGAGGCCAAGUCUUGCCGCACAAGUCUAUAGCUUUGUCAGUGCCAGAGCCGCAGAUCAUAAUGUGAAGAUUGUUUUAUUUGGAAAGGCUGUGGGUGCCAUAUGUGCAUAGACGUCAGGAUGACAGUCUUUUUUUUAAAUUUUGAUAAAGGAUAAUCUGUGCAGUAAAUUUAAUAUUUGUGUAUAAGGCAACAGAAUUUCAAUGCUAAGAAAAGACGUCGAUGAAGAAUUGUGAGUGAAUGAGGGAAAAACUUUGCAACUCUUUCUGCAAAUUCGCUGCCUUUGUGAAAUGUUCAAGCGACAUUCAUAUUAUUUAUAAGUUUGCCUCUGUUUAGGCCUACUAUACCAAAAUAUAUUAAGGUUUAGUAUAUUUAAACUUAAAUCUUUGCUAGACCAAGAGCUGUAAGGAAAGAAAGUUUUAUUUAUUGAAAUUUAUUCCAUACGGGGCAUUCUAGGUUUGGUUAAUUACCCAAAAACAAUCUGGCAAUGUUUUUGGAUAAUACUUUUCAUAACUUGGCUGUAUUUUAGCUUUUGUAUGGUAAAUCAACAAUACUACUGUAUUGGCUGUUCCAAUACAGCUUUUCGUAUUAAAAAAAAACGUUUUAUCAGGAUUUACAUAAUUUAGGUUAACUUUAGGUUUAAAAAUAUUGCAAUAAUUAAAGUAUAUUUUAUUUAUUUUUAAAAUGAAGUCGCAUAAAGACUUAUUAUAUUAUUUUGUCGUAUUUUUACAUCAACUUCGUCAUUUAUUAUAAUUUAAUGUUUUAAAUUAUUUAGGAUUAAAUAUUGUUGAUUCUUUGGGGAAGUAAUUUUUAAAUUGAUAUAAUAUACCAAUUGGAAAUCCAACAUAGUUAAUUACAUAAGUAAUAAUUUCUAAAGAUUCAAAUUUUGUUUAAGUAUAUUUCAUUACAGUCUUCAGGGUUCUUUUAAUUUUAGACUGUGCUUAAUAUGUAAAUAUGUUGACAUUCCCUUAUUAUAACAAGGAUAAUUCUGACUUCUGAUUGUCAGGUUUAUGUGCCCACAACUGUAGCUAUGUCAUUUGACAUCAGAAACUAUAUAAUUACACCAAAAAGAUUAAUUUUAUUUUUAUAUUCUGUAAUGAGUACUUUUAUUUCAUUAUUAGUAUACCUCUUAUUUGUAAUAAAUUAAAUAUUAAAUGAAUACAAUCAUUA